AAGGAGAAAAAUAGCUGUUACAGCUGAACCCAGGACAAGUUGUCUCACUUCAGGCAGCAUUAUGCGGUUGCCUUGGUUUCCAGUGCUCAUAGGCUCAUAGUCAUAGUGGAGACUCCAAUUCUCAAAUCCUGUUUCUGAACGUGAUGGCUGCUGUUGAGCCCAUUGCUUUCAGUUAGGCUGUUUGUCCCUCUGUGGGGUUUGUGCAGUUGUUGAACCUCCACUGGAUGGUGUGUGGCAUUCAUUCUCUUGUUUUUACAGCAGAAAGGUAAAAUGGAAGGUGAGGCAGUUGAAGCUAUCGUGGAGGAGUCGGAAACUUUUAUUAAAGGGAAAGAGAGAAAAACCUAUCAAAGACGCCGUGAAGGUGGGCAGGAGGACGAUGGCUGUCACAUACCACCAGACCAAGCAGAUGGGGGUGAAGUAGUGCAGGAUGUUAACAGUGGUAUGCAGAUGGUGAUGAUGGAGCAGUUGGAUCCAGCUCUUCUUCAAAUGAAGACUGAAGUAAUGGAAGGCACAGUGCCUCAUGAAACGGAGGCUACAGUGGAUGACACACAGAUCAUUACACUUCAGGUUGUUAAUAUGGAAGAGCAGCCUAUAAACCUUGGUGAGCUUCAACUGGUCCAAGUACCUGUACCGGUGACUGUACCUGUUGCCACCACAUCUGUGGAAGAACUUCAGGGAGCUUAUGAAAAUGAAACCUCCAAAGGAGGCCUGCAAGAGGGAGAGCCCAUGAUAUGUCACACCCUCCCUUUACCAGAAGGCUUCCAAGUAGUGAAAGUGGGUGCAAAUGGUGAGGUGGAGACACUGGAACAAGGUGAACUUCAGCCACAGGAAGAUCCUAAUUGGCAAAAAGAUCCAGACUAUCAGCCACCAGCCAAAAAAACAAAGAAAACCAAAAAGAGUAAGCUUCGCUACACUGAGGAAGGCAAAGAUGUGGAUGUCUCGGUGUAUGACUUUGAAGAGGAGCAGCAGGAGGGUUUGUUGUCUGAGGUGAAUGCAGAAAAGGUGGUGGGCAAUAUGAAGCCACCUAAGCCAACAAAAAUUAAAAAGAAAGGUGUAAAAAAAACAUUCCAGUGUGAACUGUGCAGUUACACUUGUCCACGUCGUUCCAACUUGGACCGCCACAUGAAAAGCCACACUGAUGAAAGACCACAUAAGUGCCAUCUCUGUGGCAGGGCUUUCCGGACAGUCACAUUGCUGAGGAACCACCUCAACACUCACACAGGUACUCGCCCUCACAAGUGCCCGGACUGUGACAUGGCCUUUGUGACCAGUGGAGAACUGGUUCGGCAUCGCCGCUACAAACAUACCCAUGAGAAACCAUUCAAAUGUUCAAUGUGUGAUUAUGCUAGUGUGGAGGUUAGCAAAUUGAAACGCCACAUCCGUUCUCACACUGGAGAGCGUCCGUUCCAGUGCAGCUUGUGCAGCUAUGCCAGCAGGGAUACCUACAAACUGAAGAGGCACAUGAGGACCCACUCUGGAGAGAAGCCAUAUGAAUGUUACAUCUGCCAUGCUCGCUUCACUCAGAGUGGGACCAUGAAGAUGCACAUUUUGCAGAAGCACACAGAGAAUGUGGCCAAAUUUCACUGUCCUCACUGUGAUACUGUUAUAGCAAGAAAGAGUGACUUGGGUGUCCACUUGCGGAAGCAGCAUUCCUACAUUGAGCAGGGCAAAAAGUGUCGCUACUGUGAUGCCGUGUUCCAUGAGCGGUAUGCCCUCAUACAGCAUCAGAAGUCUCACAAGAAUGAGAAGCGCUUCAAGUGUGACCAGUGUGAUUAUGCAUGCAGACAGGAGCGGCACAUGGUCAUGCACAAACGGACCCAUACUGGAGAAAAACCUUAUGCCUGUAGCCACUGUGAUAAAACCUUCCGUCAGAAACAGCUCCUCGAUAUGCACUUCAAACGAUACCAUGAUCCCAACUUUGUCCCUGCUGCCUUUGUCUGUUCCAAGUGUGGCAAAACAUUCACUCGCAGGAACACAAUGGCCAGACAUGCUGAUAACUGCUCUGGCCUAGAUGGUGGGGAAGGAGAGAAUGGAGGAGAAACAAAGAAGGGCAAACGUGGCCGAAAGAGAAAGAUGCGGUCUAAGAAAGAAGACUCCUCUGACAGUGGGUGGUCAACCUAUGAGGAGCCAUUCCUUCACACCUUCAGCUCCCCCACCAGUCUAUGUACAGCAGCAUUUGAGAAUGCUAAAGCUUUUGGAUGUCCUUUGGAUACCCUUGAAACCUGCCUGCUGCUUGUCAGCGGGAUCUACAUGUUACUGCAUAUACUGGGUAUGUUUUACCCACAGCCAUCCCACCCUGAGAACACCUGAUCUCGCAAGUUAAGCAGGGUCAGGCUCGGGUCUUGUCUAAGGUUAAAUGAUGAUCUAAGAGGACCACUAAGAGAUUUUCCCUGAGGCUGGACAGUCAUAAGUGGCAGGGUGUGUGGGAUCACAUGGGCAAGCUCCUAGGCCAGCAGGCCCCUCCGGUGCUUUGGAACUUCACCCCUGAACAAAUGAAAAAUUCGGAAAACAUAGCAGAACACUUAGACAAGGGGUGGUGUUGUCCUGGCUAUACCAGAGAGGGACAACUAACUGCAGUGUGCUGGGGCUCAGACUAUUCCUACAGAGCCCUGCUCUGUAAGGAGAAAGAAAAAGAUGUCCCUGGAUCUGAUGGCAAAGCAACAGACAAUGCAGCUACACAACCCCCAAGCACAGCAGCUACAUCAACCCUGACAACAGAAAUUGCAGCCGCUCUAACCACAGUGAUAGACACUGGAGCUAAACCAAAGGACCAAUCCAUGCCAAUAUCAGUUGCCCCUAUAAGCAAGGUGAAAAGCAAACAAGAGCCACAAAGAGCAAAUCAUGCAGUGAAGAAAGUUGAAGACCCAAUGCACAUACUAGAGGGGACAGCAUCAGAAUGAGACUUAUUACUACAGGAAUCAGGGGAAGAGGAAGAAGAGGUGACUUCUUGAUCCCAGACCUCAACUGAGCUGUCUUCCAGGGGACCACAUCGUCACCUGGUUGCUCCGAUGAUGGGACAAUGGGGCCGACGGUCACAAACUAAAAGGUAAGAACAAGUGACAGUCACGACCACAACAGUGCACUGGCGGCAAUAUCGCACCAACCGAGACUCCCUGAUUCCCAUCCAUAGGCUCAUCCAUAGACUGGAGAGCCAAGGAGUGAUCAGCAGGACCCACUCACCUUUCAGUAGCCCCAUAUGGCCACUGUGAAAGUCUAACAGAGAGCCUAUCAUGGCCUGAAUGAAGUCACACCACCAUUGAGUGCUGCCAUUAGAACUUCAGGAUGAACUGGAGUCAAAGGCAGCCAAGUGGUAUGCCACAACUGAUA